AUGCCCCCGCGACACCUAAUGCACUUCCUCUUCGUCUUCUUCUCUUACCUCCUCGUGGUUUUGACAGGAGCUGUUCAAAUGCAGCUGGUGGACACCUCCUUUUUCCGGGCCGUCGGUCUUCUCCUGGCCGUCCUGCUGUCGCUGCGUGCGAAGAAUGCGGUUUCAAGGCGACAGAAGCUUAUGGCAGGUGUGCUUGACAUGAUGAACAGCGCAAAGAAUCUCCUCUACUUGCUCCACUUCGAGCCCAAGAAUCAACUCCGUCUUCGACGGAUGCUGGAAUUCUGCUUCAUGGAGGUUGCAGCUUGGGCCGCGCCGAGUGCAGAUGGCGACACUGUCAGCCUGGACAUCCUUCCAGAUGAAUACCGGGAGGCUGCCUUCGUACUCCGGGCCAAGCAGUCUGCGCACAUCUCUCCUCGGCCCCUCUUGCUGUACCUCAGGGAGAUGUGUGACCAGCUCUUUGACCCGGACCUCGCGACCUCCUUCGCUGGGUCUGAGAAGAUGGACAAGGUGUCCAUCAUCCGGCGAUUCCACCGUAACAUGGAGGAUGAGCUUCACAUGCUGUUCUCGAAGUUUGACUUCCUGCUCAUGUUCCGCGAGAACUUCGUGACGUCGCAGUUCCGCUGGAUGCUGGAAACGGUAAUCUUUGUCUAUGUCGUGCUAUACCCCUGGUGUGUCUGCAACGAGUCAAAUGUGGUCUUGGGCGCAACGACGGUUGGUAUGGCCUGCGUCUUCUACGGCCUCAACGCCCUGACAGAGCAGCUCGAGGACCCGGUCCACCACCAGGCGCAGGGCUUCGACCUCUGGACCACCUUUGUGAACCUCUUCGAGGAGCUGGACCGUGAUGAUGCAGUGCGAGACGGUUGCCGCAAGUUCCUCGAGAAGCACAAGGCGGAGGGGAAUCCCAUCACUGAGAACCUGCAUCGCCAUUUCGAGGCCGAGAUGCAGGUGCCACUGCAACUGCCAAGCUGCAGCGGCAGCAGCGAUGCCCUUUGGGCAAAUGCCUGGGAUGCCUGGGGCGAUGCCGGGUUCGGACCGAUGGCUUUGACUGCUCCAGUGGUGACGCCACCCCAGGCGCCUCCCCAGAGCCCUCCUCCGCCGCCACCGCCUCCCCCUCCGCCCCAGCCGCCUCUCCCGCCCCCGGAGCCUCCCGUGGCGCUGCCGGCCCUUCCAAAGGUCCCCGAGCUGAGCUCCGAGGAUCUCCCCACACUGGGCCCGCCUCCUCCUCCCACGCUCCCGCCAACGGCAGCACCUCUGGCGCAACUGGUCAUGCCAACCAUGCCGCCACCCCAACUGCCCAACCCCUUUGCUGGGUCGCACAACCCCUUGUCCGCCAUCCCCAACCCAAUGGCGGGCAUCCCCAACCCCAUGGCCGGCAUGCAGAAUCCGAUGGCUGGCAUGCAGAACCCUAUGGCCGGCAUGCCGAACCCCAUGGCCGGCAUGCCAAAUCCUAUGUCCGGAAUGCCGAAUCCCAUGGCGAUGGGAGGACAGAGCCCCUUCGGACAGGCUGGGGCUUUCAACAUGCCUGGCGUGCCGGGGAUGCCGGGAAUGCCUGGAAUGCCCGCAGGUGCACCGGCCCCUGCCGGCACGCCGGGUGUCGCCGGACAAGCAGUGACCCCUCAGGCCAUGCUGGCACAGGCCGCCGCAACUCUGCCUGGCAUGCACCAGCCGCCCGGUGCUUCCGCCCAAGGUCUCAACAGCCUGGCCUCCAUGGUGCAGCAGAGGGCACAGGGAGAGCUGACGUACCACUACUACCAGUAUGUGCCUGGCUAUGGCUACGUCUACGAGCCCGGGCUCAAGACGGAUGGGCAGAAUCUGGCCGCGCUGAUCAAGAAUGGAAGGAAGACCACGAAGACCUGCGGAUGCCUCCAAUCCUGGAGCCACAAGGGCCAAUCGUGCAACAGCUACUGCUGCAACCCGGACAACGAUGCUGCCGGUCCUUGGUGUUUCGUGAUGGACCAGGCGUGCCAGGGCGAUACCUGGGGUACCUGUGAGGCCCUUGCAGCCGCUGCCCCGGGUCCGUCUCCGGCUGCAUCGCCGGCAUCGCCUGCGCCGGCACCAGCUCCCGUGGCUGCAGCAGCGAAGAUGCUGGCGCAGAUGACGUCGAACACCACUGAGGCAUCUGCCACCGACGAGGCUGCCGUGGAGGAACUCGCAGCGGUCCUCAGCUCGGACGAGGUGAAGGAGGAGCCCAAGAGGAACCUCCGCGCCAGCUUCAUGCAGCGAAAGCAGGGUCUCGAGCAGGUCGAAGGUUCCCCCUGCGACUGCGGCGGCGAUUGA